AAAAAUGUCACUAGUUUAUAGAAAUCAAUUGUCCCAGCUUUGUUCCAUUACUAAAGAGAUACUUCUCCCUAGCCCUUUCUCUCUCCUAAUAGAAGAUUAUGAUAAUUUUAAAAAUCAAUCUCCCGAAUCUACUCAGGCCCUAAUUGAUGAAAUAGACCUUACCACCCAAGAGAUCACCAAAAUCCUUAAUGAUUUAAAAAUGGCCCACGAUUCAUGGCAAAACUUAAGAAUUUCAAUGACAGAAACUGAAAGGGCAACCGACAGCCAAAUCCUAGAGAAAUUCCUUCAAGAAACAGAUUAUAUAAAAAUUAUGUAUGACCUUAAACGGUAUCUGAGAAAGCUUCGGAAUUCCCGACAUGAAGUAGAAAGUAACUUACCUAAAACUAAACCUCAAUUUGACCAUUCACAUCUCCUUCCUGAACUUCCUCUUUUAAACCCUUCCCAGAACAGACCUUUUAAUGGAAAUACUCAAGACUCGUUAAAACCAGUUUAUACAAAUACUAGUGAUAAAUCUUAUCGAAACCGGACCCUCUCUAAUUUUUGCUCGUAUCCAAAUCCUUCGAUUACAGAAGAAUCCGAUGAGAAACUAGCUAAUAUUCCGACCCCCUCCAUUAAAAGUUAUAUUAAAGACAUGAAUAAAUUAGAUCCAAUCCCUAUCCCUCCUGGCUUUUCCCCUCUAGAAGAAAUAAAUGUUGUAGAGAACCCUAACGAUUUAAACAAUCAGAUGAGUGAAGAAAUUGUAUUGGAUAAAAGAAUUACAAAUGAAAUUAUUAAUAAAAGACCCAUUAGUCCCCCUCCCGGCUUUACUCCUAUUGAUGAAGUUUGUAUUAUUAGAAAUAUUUGUAAAGAAUUCACCCCCUUAAAAGAGACUAUAAAUGAAGAUAAUGAAGCUAAAGCUUAUAAUUAUUCAAAAGAAAUGCCCCUUGUUUUAACAAAUAACUCAAUUCCCGAUUUAUUCCCAGAACGUCCCCUUAUAUCUCUUGAAAAUCUACAACAGUCUAUUUCACCUGUUAAUUUUAAUUUUUCAUUUGGAACUACUAAUAUUAAUUCAUCAGAAACUGAUUAUAUUCUUACAUCAGAAGAGAUAUUGGAAGAAAAUAAACCAUUACCCCCCACGCUUAAUUAUCUGGAAAUUUUUUGUAUAGAAAAAGGAAAAGAAAGCCCAAUACCUCGUAAAAGACAAAGGAAAAAAUUACCCAAACAAUUAAACCGAGAACCAACGAUUAUAAACAAUUCCCGAUCCGAUGUUAUUGCCUGUCAAAUACAUCUUAAGAGAUUGAAAAUAAGCCCUCGGAAUAACCGUAAAUACUGUAUUAACCCCUUUAAGUUUAAUGCUAUUUUAAAUGGUUUUAAACAAAUCCAUGAUCAGAAUCCUUGCUCUCCCCUACCUUCAUUAAAAAUGUCCCGAAUAAAAGGAAAUGAAAGUCUUACUCCUAAAAACCUGUUUUCUACUUUGGCUAAUCUUAAUUUGUCUGAAAUACAAUGUGUUCAUCAUUCUGUGAUUAAUUGGAAGGAGAUUCUUUCGAAAAUUAAACAACACGAUACGUUGAUGCAUAUUAUUUAUUAG